GCAUGUUUUCGGCAUCUUGACAGCAGACAGCCGAGGAGCCCGUUCGUCGUUCGAGUCCCGCCGCCGCCGCUUCGGACCGACACAAGGAGACCGCCGGUGCGCCGGACAGGCUGGUGUGAUGAGCGCGCCGUCAGGGGCACUGCUGAUGCAGGCCCUGGGCGCCCGCUUCCGGCCGGCGGGCCCCACCGGGAAGGUGCCCGGCAGGAAGAGGGGACGUCCCCCGACCCGCAAGCUGCACUUCCAGAGCUCGUACUACACCGACCCCGUGUGUGUGGCCCCCAGCGUGGUGCCCAAGAAGAGAGGCAGGAAGCCCGGUUUUAAGCUGAAGCACAGAAGGGUAACAUCACCGUUAGCUCCAUCACCGCCCAGAUGCACACCAGAACCAGAACUUGGGUCCUUACCCCAGGAUGCGGCCAUCGUCCCCUGCUCUGCAUCGCCGCACGCCCACAACGGAGAAACAUCGAUGCCUGACGACUUGGAGUCCUCCGCGGACUCCAAGCGCUACAACUCGGUCUUCGGGAUGAUGACGUCGCAGUACAACAGGAAACACACGUACGGUUACCGGGGCAACAGCAGCGGCACGCCGAGGAUGGCCGCACGCAGACCGGCGACCAGUUCCGGAAGCUUCCAGGAGGCUAGCAAGAAUGUUUGUAGCAUGGCGGCGGUGACGGAGGGGGGAGAGCGAAGGCGUCCCUCAGGGAAGGACCCGUCGAGCUGGGGUGUGGACGAGGUGGUGUGCUUCAUCAAGGAUGCUGACCCUCAAGCUCUGGGACCUCACGCGGAAACCUUCAGGAAACACGAAAUAGAUGGUGACGCGCUCCUGUUGCUGAAAAGCGAGAUGAUGAUGAAGUAUCUGGGACUGAAACUGGGCCCGGCACUCAAGCUGUGCUACCACAUCGACAGGUUGAAACAGAAUCGCUUGUGACUGGGCCGCCGCGGGGUCCGAACAUCCCACCGCUGCUGCAAGCCACGCCCGGAAAACUGGUGCUUACAUGUCUGGUACCCGACCGGAUCCAAAUUUAGCUCUGCUGUACGGCUAGAGGGUGAAAAUCACUUAUUUUGGUGCUUAAAAUGUAUCUCAAUAUCAAUGUAUUUAAACACUAAAGGACAGUCCUGCUGCUGCAGUAUUACUGAACUAGAAUGUUCAACCUUUUUCAAUAUUUGACAUUCUACAUUUCAGUUUCACUCCUGCAGUUUCCAGUGAAUUCUCAGCGUUCAUGCACAAUUUCAACAGAAAUCUCAAGUUAGUAAUUAUCGUGACGUUAUUGGAAAGCAGCAUGUAGCAAAGUUCUUCCUCUUCACUGCCUUAAUCCAUUUGACUUUAAUAAUUUCAAUGCUUUGUCUUGAUUUUUGAUGAUUUCAUACUGUACGAUAUAACUUUUACCAUGUGUUUUAUAUGUUAACUUAUUUCAUAGGAAGGAGACCAUGGUUGUAAAGUCAACGAAAAACCUUUAGAAUGUGAUUUUAUUUUAUUUUUUUAAACAUUGACUUGAUCUAAUUUAAAAUGGUUUCUAUUUUCCGUUAUUUUAUUUAUUUUGUAAUCUGGAAUAAAACAGAUCUGUAAA